UUGAUUCCGAAAAAUUUGAUUAAUUGUGGUUUAUUUCACCUUUUACGAAUUAUUAUUGACAAAAAUACUAAUAAUUAAUAAAUAGAAGACAACACAACUCGAUAUUUUAUACUUCGCUAAAAUAUUUAAGUGCAAAAAUGCAUGUUCGUGUUCGAAAGUUCGGUAAACCCGACACAAUAGUUGUGGUGGAAUCUAAAUUAACAAAAAUUGAUCAAUUUAGACGUAUAAUUAAGGAUAAAUUUGACGUGGAGCCUAAAUUACAACGUUUAUUUUAUGGCGGUAAAUUGCUUGAGAAUGGAUACACCUUUCACGAUUAUAAUAUAAAGCUGAAUGAUGUGAUACAACUGAUGGUUGUACAAGCGGUUGAAGAAUCUCAAGAUGAAAAAGAAAUCAAAAAGGAAUGUGUUGAAAAAGAUGAAGAUAAUAAAGAAAAUGUUAAUUAUACAGAUGCGAAAAGCACUUUGUAUGCUGUUGGCGAUCUCAUUGACAUGAGGGAUAGGGAAGAGGGAGUCUGGUUAGAAGGUAAAAUAGUGAGAAUUGUGACGAUAGCAAACACAAUACCAACAGAAGAUGUUUCCGAUUCUGUAGUAAAAACUGAAAAUAGUAACCUAGAAAAUAUCCCACCGAGCUCAACCAGUCCUAAUGAGAGUAAAUCUAAGAAAGGAAUUGCUAAAUAUUUUCAAAAACAAGAUGCAAAUGCAAAGAAGCAAAUAAAAAAAGACACUGAUGAAGAAAGUUUAUGUUUUAAAAUACAAUUGGACCAUGAUGAAGAGGACUCAAAGUUAUACUGUAAAUUAAAUGAAAUAAGACCUAGGGCAAGAAAAGAAAUUAAUGUAAAAGACCUUAAGCCUGGCCAAAAAGUUAUGGUCAAUUAUAACACCGAGGAACCUCUUCAAAAAGGUUAUUGGUAUGACUUUAAAGUAGACAAAGUGAACAAAACUAGGACUAAUUAUGAAUUGAUCGGCACACUGUACUUGGGACAGGAUGCUGUACCACAGAAUGAGACUAAAGUGUGUGUGCACGACAAAAUAUUUGCCAUUGAAAGUGUUGUGCCAUUGGCGGACAGGACUGAAGAGUACAAGAAAAAGAUGUCACAAGCUCCCGAGAAAAGAUCAAUGCCUUUGAAUUGUCUGACAUGUCGCGACGUAGAGGAGAUGCCUUGUAAAGAUUGCGGAUGCUACUUAUGUUUAGGGAAAGAGAAUCCAGAAAAGAUUUUGCUCUGUGAUGACUGUAACAACGGCUUCCACAUGGACUGCUUGGAUCCACCGCUGAAGCAAUUGCCCGAUGACGACUGGUACUGUCCCUCUUGUAAGCGGGACCCGAACGAGGUAAUCGCUCCCGGCGCAGGCAAACAAAGGAAGAAACAGAAUACGUCCAAAACUAAUAGAGAUUGGGGACGAGGGAUGGCAUGUGUUGGUAAGACUAAAACCUGUGCUAUGCCAGCAAAUCAUUUUGGACCUAUACCAGGCAUCGAAGUAGGCAUGUGCUGGCGGUUUCGAAUACAACUUUCAGAAUCGGGGGUUCACAGACCACCAGUAUCUGGCAUACAUGGCAGGGAUGUGGAAGGGGCGUAUAGCAUUGUGUUAUCUGGUGGCUAUGAAGACGAUGUGGACAACGGUAUAGAAUUCACGUACACUGGCAGCGGCGGCAGGGACCUCUCUGGCAACAAGCGGACAGCGGAGCAGUCAUGUGAUCAGACUCUCACGAGAGAGAACAAAGCUCUGGCACGCAACUGUGCUGUCAAAGAGAUCAAUGAGAAAGGCGCAGACGCGGGCGAGUCGUGGCAACAAGGCAAGCCGGUGCGGGUGGUGCGAUCGUACAAGAUGUUGAAACACUUCCCCAAAUAUGCGCCUAAGGAAGGGAUCAGAUACGACGGCAUCUACAAAGUAGUGAAGUAUUACCCAGAGAAGGGUUUGUCCGGUUUUCGCGUGUGGAAGUAUCUCCUGCGAAGAGACGACCCGAACCCCGCGCCCUGGGAACCAGGCGCAAAACAGUUUCAGAUUGUGUAUCCAGACGGCUACUUGGAAGCCGAGGCAGAGAAGAAAGCUUUGAAAGAGAAGAAUAGUAAGGGAAAACGAACGCUGCGAGAGAAGAACACGUCACAGGACGACAUCGAGCAUUCGCCCCCCGCUAAGAAACAGAAGAGAAAUAAGAAAAAUGACCCGAACGUUAAAAGUCCACCCAAAAUCCCUGCUAUGUUUACCAAAAGUCCUAAAUCUAAGGAGAAACAGAAAGGAAAGAAAGAAAUGGACUUGAGUGUAGAAGAAAAGGACAAAAUAGAGGCAGACACAUUAAACUCUAAGCUAUGGACAGAAUGCUUGGACGUUUGCAAGAAUCAGGGCAAAAAGGAAUUUAUCGAACACCUGACCCAAGCGUUCCUGUGUAUAAUUUGUCAGGAUGUUGCUGUUAAUCCUGUAACAACCCCUUGCUUGCAUAACUUCUGCAUGGGCUGCAUAAAGUUGGCUUUCAAGUCGAACAAAACUCACAACUGUCCAUGCUGCCGACAAAACCUUGCCAAGGUGGAGUUAGAAGUCAAUGAAAACUUAAAGACAGCGCUUCGCACUAUACUUACGGGGUAUGAUGCAGGCAAGAAAUAAUACUCCAAUCGGGAUAAACAGACAAGAAAUAAUAUUUUAAUGGGUUAUGAUAUAGGCAAAAAUAUUGUUUUCUUGAAAAUGAGUACAGGGGCUUUACAGUAUUGUCAAAGAACCAAAUUAUAGUGAUUAGAAGGUUUUCGUUUUAACAUAACUAUUGAGGGUUUCUUUUACUCUUUAUUUCAUAAGUUUGAUAUUCUAUUAUCAUUUGAUUCAUGAAUUA